GUGGUUCCUCUGCUCAGACUGUCGGUUUUCGUUUGCCUGAUCAUGUCGCUAAUGCUGUUCGUGGAGAGGCUGUAUAUGGGCGUCGUCAUUGUUCUCAUCAAACUUCUUGGGAGAAAACCAGAGAAGCGCUACAAAUGGGAGCCCAUGAAAGACGACAUCGAGCUCGGAAACUCUGCUUAUCCCAUGGUUUUGGUUCAAAUCCCAAUGUACAACGAAAGAGAGGUGUAUCAGCUUUCAAUUGGGGCUGCAUGUGGCCUAUCCUGGCCGUCGGAUCGGAUCAUCAUCCAAGUUCUUGACGAUUCCACAGACCCAUUAAUCAAGGAUUUAGUGGAAGUGGAAUGCCAAAGAUGGGCCAGCAAGGGAAUAAACAUAAAGUACGAGAUAAGAGACAACAGAAAUGGCUACAAGGCUGGGGCUCUCAAGGAAGGCAUGAAGCGCAGCUACGUCAAGCAAUGCGAUUACGUUGCCAUUUUUGACGCCGAUUUCCAACCGGAGCCCGACUUUCUUUGGCGCACUGUCCCUUUCCUCCUCCAUAACCCCCAAAUCGCUCUCGUCCAGGCCCGUUGGAAAUUUGUGAACUCCAACGAGUGCUUGAUGACGAGGAUGCAAGAAAUGUCAUUGGAUUAUCAUUUCACAGUGGAGCAAGAAGUGGGCUCCUCAACUUACGCCUUCUUUGGCUUCAAUGGCACGGCAGGUGUUUGGAGAAUUGCCGCACUGAACGAGGCCGGCGGAUGGAAGGACCGGACCACCGUGGAGGACAUGGAUUUGGCCGUCCGUGCCAGUCUCAAAGGCUGGAAAUUCUUGUAUCUCGGUGACCUUAGGGUGAAAAAUGAGCUGCCCAGCACACUCAAAGCCUACCGUUACCAACAGCACAGAUGGUCCUGCGGGCCUGCCAAUCUGUUCAGAAAAAUGGUCAUGGAGAUCAUCAGAAACAAGACAGUAACAGCGUGGAAGAAGGUGCAUGUGAUCUACAGUUUCUUCUUUGUUCGAAAAGUGGUAGCCCAUAUCAACACCUUCGUAUUCUACUGCAUUGUGCUGCCGGCCACAGUGCUGGUGCCGGAAGUCGAGGUUCCCAAGUGGGGAGCUGUAUACAUUCCUUCUAUCAUCACCCUUCUCAAUGCCGUUGGCACUCCAAGGUCGUUUCAUUUAUUGGUGUUCUGGAUUCUUUUCGAGAACGUAAUGUCACUGCACAGAACCAAAGCCACAAUCAUCGGCCUGCUGGAAGCCAGCAGAGUAAAUGAAUGGAUUGUUACUGAGAAAUUGGGCGACGCCUUCAAGGCCAAAGCUGCUGCAAAAGCACCUAAGAAACCCCGCUUCAGAAUUAGAAUUGGAGACAGGCUUCACCUGUGGGAGCUUGGAGUGGGAUUUUACCUAUUCUUCUGUGGCAUAUACGACAUUUUCUUUGGUAAAAAUUACUUCUUUAUUUUCCUGUUCAUCCAAGCCAUAGCCUUCUUCAUCAUGGGAUUUGGAAACGUGGGCACCUUCGUUCCUUCUUCUUGAUCGGAAUCGAAACCCCUUGUAUUUUUGACCAAGUCUGUGAAUAUUUGUCUGGAAAUUAAAGGAAUACUCGAUAGUUACAACCUCUGCACAUUGUUGCUUCUGGGUCUCUGUUAUUAUUUGUAUUAUUGUUAUUUUUUUUUUUUUACCCUUCAUUCAUUAUGUACUAUUUUACGUUUUAUAACAUGAAUAAACAGUUGGGAAAUGAGAUCAUACUAGUGACAUGUAUUUUGGUUCCA